GCGGGAUUCAGAGCGUAGAAGAAGAAGCAGUCUCCGGCCCCACGUGGUCAGCAUGGCGCCUCCGGGAGGAAUAAACAGACCGAAAACUGAGCUGGGGAAGAAGCUUUUCAAGCGGCGACGAGUUCUGGGCCGCGAGAAGAGGAAGAAGCAUCAGAUCGUGGGAGCUGUGGUGGAUGAAGGUCUCAUCACCAUCCAUCACCUGAAGAAGAGACGGACGAGUCCGAGAGCCAACAUCACGCUGUCGGGGAAGAAGAAGAGGAAGCUGAUGAAGCAGCUGCGACACCUGCAGAAGGAGAAGACCACUAUGGAAGUCGAAUCGACGGCAGCACCACAGAAGAAGCAGGCCUCCUCUUCAGCUCCGUCCAAGAAGAAGAACAAGAAGGCGUCGGGAUGCCAGGGCGACGUAGAGAUGAUGGAUGCUGAAUGAGGAGAUGUCUGGACUCCGACGUGCAGGACGGCCUCACGCAGCCCUGAAGUUUGAGGUUUUUUGGCAUGUCUGUCAAAAACUUCACAAAACAGGACGAGAGUCGAGGAGACGAGUGAAAACGUUCAUGUUGGAGCUCAAAUGUUUUUGUUUCUUUGUGUUUUCAUUGUAAACAAAUGUGAAUUUGUUUGAGCUCAAACUGUUUGGAAGCAUUUUUAUCCAAAUAGAUUUAAUCAGUGCAUUUUUAGCGACCUGAGGUCAGCCUACGUUACAUUAGUCAGUUUUCCAGUUUUGAGAUGAGACAAAAUAUUUUUCUAUUAUGCUGAAGUUUUGUGAUUCAAUUUAUUUUUUUUACUCACUGGCAGCAAAUCUGAAAUGAUUUUCAUGUAGUGUCUGAACAUGUUUCCAUAUUCUUUCAUUUUUAGACCUUUUUGAUUUUUUUAUUUUCUCAUCAGUGUUAUGAAACACUCAAAUGUUUAUUUACUGAGGCAAAAUUGUGAGAAGUCAAGUUUGACGUAAUAAUUCUGACUUUAAAAAGUUUUUCAUAUCUCAGACUCGCUCCUCGAGUUCAGACUAAGCUGUGGCAUUUUUAGAUUUAGGUUUUUUUUGUUGUGGCAGUAAUGGGCUUCCAUACCUGAUGCUCAUGGAGAUUUUAGCUCGAUUGUUGUCGGCGCGUCUGCGGCGUCCACAAAAGCUUUAAUGUUGGCCGUCACUCGAAUAUGAUGUCACAAAGGUCACACCGACGAGCAGCUGCUGAAACUCACAGUCGAGGUCGAAUCUCUGCGACCUCGACCUGAAGGUAAAGGUCUUAUGGAAGCCUAUUUCUGCCAAAGUGAAAAUGGUGCAAAGUUGAGAAGAAAAAUUAAAAACUUUUGACAUCUUGCCUCAUCUUCAAAAAGAGAUAAUUUUCUAAAAUUUCUUUUUAUGUUCAUUUCUGAUUGUAAUUUAAAAUGGGACCUGAUUCAAUUCAGUUUUAUUUAUAUAGCACCAAAUCACAAACAGUCACCUUUGUAUUGUAGGUAAAGAUAAUUACAGAGAAAUCCUGAUACAUCCUUGUUUAAUUUUUGCAGACUUCAGCAGGCAUCUGAUUCUGUGGGGGGGCACAGAAAAUUGUAAUAUUUAAAACUGAGGAAAAAUAAUUGUGCUUAAUUGUUCGUUUGCAUUUUGAUUACAGACUCGUGACACCUUCUUAUACUUCUUUCAGUUUCAUUCAUUCGCAAAAAAUAAAUUUUAUUAGAAAAUUUGAUAGAAGUACUUUUUUUUUUAACCAUACAAUAAAAUGUGCUAAUCUGA